UACUGUCACACCUUUUAACCUUCCAGCUGGCACUAUGACAAUUUCUUAUACUCUGGAAGUGGCCAAUGCCCGUUUUGCGGGCUUUUCUAAGCUGCUCUUCAGAUGGAAAGGAAGCAUCUACAAACUGCUGUACAAAGAGUUCCUUGUCUUUGCCACCCUCUACACUACUCUCAGCCUUGUGUACAGGCUCCAGUUGACAGCAGACCAGCGGCAGUUAUUUGAAGAAGUGGCCUUGUAUGUCAACAGAUAUACAGAUCUCAUCCCGCUCUCCUUUGUUUUGGGUUUCUAUGUGAGCCUUGUGGUGAACCGCUGGUGGAGUCAGUACACGAGCAUUCCUCUUCCAGACCAGCUCAUGAUGGUGGUCUCAGCUAACGUCCAUGGAGUAGAUGAGCGGGGAAGGAUCCUACGACGCACCCUGAUGCGCUACGCCAACUUAUCCUCGGUGCUCAUCCUUCGGUCAGUCAGCACGCGAGUCCGCAAGCGUUUCCCCACCAUGGAACAUAUCGUUGAAGCAGGCUUUAUGACCCGCGAUGAAUUGAAAAAAUUUGACAGCCUUUACUCGGACUUCAACAAGUACUGGAUUCCUCUGGCCUGGUUCACUAAUCUGGCCGCCCAGGCAAGGAGAGAAGGGCGCGUGAGGGACGACGUGGCCCUGCGACUGCUCAUGGACGAACUUAAUAACUACCGGGCCAAAUGCUCCAUGCUAUUUCAUUACGAUUGGAUCAGCAUUCCCCUUGUCUACACCCAGGUUGUCACAAUUGCUGUGUAUUCCUUUUUUGCGGUCUGUCUGAUUGGACGGCAAUUCCUGGAUACUACAAAAGAUUAUAAAGACCAUAAGUUGGACUUUUACGUUCCAGUCUUCACACUCCUGCAGUUCUUCUUUUAUGCAGGGUGGCUUAAGGUGGCAGAACAGAUCAUUAAUCCAUUUGGUGAGGAUGAUGAUGAUUUUGAAACAAACAAACUGAUUGAUCGAAACAUCCAGGUUUCUCUACUGGCUGUAGAUGACAUGCAUCAAAACCUGCCACCUGCAGAGAAAGACAAAUACUGGAAUGAAUCUACUGCUCAGCCACCUUACACACUAGCAACUGCAUCAGAGACCCUAAAACCCUCAUUUCUGGGCUCUACUUUUGAUAUGAGAAUGACUGAUGAUUCAAACCAGCAACAGACUAUGGAUGCUAUUCCCAAUACCCCAAGUCUGCGCACUCCAAUGUUGGGUCGUUUCUUAACUGCUGCUUCCCCAGCAAUCAGCCUGAAGAACUUUGGCCGCCCUAAAGGAGGAUUACACAUGUUACGGCUGCGCGGAGACAGCGUUAAUUCAAACCCCUGGCAAUCUGAAGAGCAAUCUCGCUCAAAUUGCAUCAAUGAGGAGGACAGUGAAGGAGAGGAGAGAGAAUCUAGUCAGCAGUCUACUCCAGUAAAUCGUCCUUGCAAGCCUCGGCGCCUUGAGGCUUCUGAACAACAAAAAAAGAGGGAGGAAGCCCAAAUCACCAUCACCAUUGAACCCCCUACUGAAAAUGAGACAACAGAUGCUUAACCCAGUCAACUUAUGAUUUCCAACUGCUAAAUUACAAAGAUGAGAAAUCUCUAUUAAACCGUUUAGCAUUUAGUUUAUGAAAUUAAGAUGAAGACACAUUUAGAAUAGUGUGGAA